CUCGCUCUGGCAGGGAUAAAAGGAUCAUAGCAUGACAAAGAGUUGCUGUGCUCAGCUCCGCCUGCUGGUGGUGGUAUAGGAGACGAGCGCAAGAGAGAGGACGGACCCCAAGCAACAAGCAAAAAGCCCUCACGUGCUCUCUGCUACUAGCUCAUCCUCGGGGUUAAACUUUGUCAGCAAUAUUGCCUAGGCCCGCCCACCCAUCCUCUCCCCCUCUCCUAUUCUUCUUCUUCUUCUUCUUCUUUCUCUCCUCUCCUCUCUUCUCUGCUGCUCUUUCCUCAUCUCUCUCGCGCCCUCUCGCAACUGUUGAUCUUUGCUGCAGUGCGGUGUAGUAGUGCUUGCUGGCUUUCUUACCCCUUCUGCUCAGCUCUCUCUCUUCUUCUCUCUUCUUCCCCCAUCUCACUCUCUCCCCCGCUCUCUCUCGCCUGCCUGCCUCCCCGCACCUCUCUCUCGGCUCUCUAUGCGUGCAUGAGCGAGCGAGAGCGAGCGUGAGGGAGCGAGCGAGCGAAGUUGCAACUUCUUGUUGGCUUUUCUAGGUCAAUCCUAAUUAUAGAGUUCUCCGUGCCUCCCGAACCUUACAGUGUUACCUCGCGAGGACAAAGAAUUUAGCAGCGCAGAAGAAGCAACGACAGCAGCGGCAGCGAGCGAGCAGCAGCAGCUCGUGCUUGUGUGUGCGUGUGUGUCUGUCUCUCUUUCCUACAAAGAGUUCUUGGGGUUCCGCAGGAAUGAGAAGUAAAUUUCAUUGCAAUCUCAACUCCAUGGUGGCUGCUCGACGAAGCUGCCUCCUGCAGAACUACGCCGCUUCCUGUGGACAAUGAGGCUGCGCAACAACGACAACAACAACAACACAGUGCAGCAGCAGCAGCAGCGCCGCCCGUGUACCUUAGUAGUGUUCACAUUGUAUUGAUGGUGGCAGCGUCGAGUCGGCGAUUCACGAAUCCUCCGACAUCCAGGCGCUAGCUAGCUAACUACUGCUGCCGAUCGAUUCUGUGCCAGUCCUGGACAAGUGUGCUCUAUCGGAUUGAGAUUGUGGUUUCCUUCUGGCCCUUUCCCCAGUGCCUGCGUGCGUGGGUACGUGCGUGCCGUCCUUCCUUCCAUCCUGGGUUACCUGCCGCCGUUUCGUCUCGUCUUUACCAGGCCUGAUCGGCGGUGAUACGACAUAGGGAUAGAUCUUGCGAGGUCGACGAGGAGUUGUACGCACACUAGCUGGUUCGAGCGAGCGAGCGAGCAUCGAGCUCACAGGUUGUUUCAGGAGUCAUCAACAGGGUUGGCUCGUAAGGCAGUAGCUGGGCUCGGAAGUAGGUCCUACCAACAAACGAUUAGAUCUGAAACUGGCGAGAGAAAGGGAACCGGAGCAGUCGAGCAGUCGACCUUCUCUCGGUCGUCCGAGGCCGGGUCUGUGAGGCGUUCGACGCGCGAAGCCAGCUCGCUUCCCCCGCGGCUCGGACGAUGAUGCGAGCUUGAUUACUGAUUGCGAGAGCGAAAAUGGAAUGAGUCAAUCCGAGUGAGGAUUAUUCGGCCAGUCGGUGCGAACGGGUUCAUAUCAGUGCAGCAGCAGCUGUUGUUGACUCGAAGCGGAAACGCCGUCGUCGUCAUCAUCAUCAGAUUGGGCGCUGCAGUUAUAACAGGUGCAGCCUACAUUGAUACGAGCUUCGGGUUGUGGUGCUCGCAGUGCUGGACGAUCGUUCCUCGUCCACCUGGUUCGUCGGUUCCAAGCUUCGUCUCGGUGCCAGCAACAAGGGGCUUCAGGCUCGAGAACAGUCCCCGCUACUCCUCCCGGAAGAGAGCGUGUACAUCAGAGCGAGUGAUUGAGAGACAGUGAGACGAGAGUGAGUGAGAGAGUGUGUGUGUGAGAGAGGUAGAGAGAGAGAGCGAGGGAGGGAGCGAAUCCGAUCCGCGAGCUCUCGGAAAACCAAAAACACCCCUACCCCUUAAAAGUUAGCGAAAAUAGAUCCGUUAUUCAUGUUGAGUGAUGACCCUCUGGGCGCCCUCGCUAAUGGAGUGGGGCCGUCGGGAAGCGGGGGCGGACCUGGACCCGGAGGAAAUCAGAUGCAGCUGCACAACGCCAACCACAAUGUGGAGCAAGAGGUGGCCCAGCAAGCGAAGCCGGCUGCUGCACCGAGCCGCUACGAGUCGCAGAAGAGGCGGGACUGGAACACGUUCGGACAAUACCUCAAGAAUCACCGACCGCCUCUCGCCCUCGCGCGCUGCAGCGGAAAUCACGUCCUGGAGUUCCUGCGGUACCUGGAUCAAUUCGGCAAGACCAAAGUGCAUUUACCGUCGUGCCACUUCUUCGGCCUGCCCAACCCCCCGCACCCUUGCCCCUGCCCGCUUCGCCAGGCCUGGGGCUCGCUGGACGCGCUCAUAGGCCGCCUGCGAGCGGCAUUUGAGGAGAAUGGAGGCAAGCCCGAGUCCAAUCCGUUCGGCGCCCGCGUCGUCCGUCUGUAUCUGCGCGAGGUGCGCGAAAUGCAAGCCAAGGCCCGAGGGAUCGCGUACGAGAAGAAGAAGCGAAAGAGACCCCCGCCGGCGGGCGCCACCUCGUCCGAACAAGCGCUUCCGCAGGGCCACGCUCAGACGAACCCGCUGACGGGCUAUAGCCACCAGCAGCACCAACAACAGCAGAACCCCGGGCUCACGCAUCCGCUAAACGGUUACACUCCCAAUAGCAACCCCCUCUCGCCCUUCUCGCAGCAGCUCCACACCAGCAACCUCCUCCACGGCUACACGCCCAAUAGCAACCCUCUGAAUCCGUUCGCGCAGCCCAACCCCCUCAGUGCGUAUCAAGAGCUCCAACAACACCACCACAACAAUCAACAUCACACGGCAGGUCCGCUCCUCAGUUGACUCGCGGCCCCCGACUUGCAACAACAACAUGACCAACAACAACAUCAUCAGCAGCAGCAGCAGCAACACCAGCAGCAGCAGCAACAACACUAAAUCCUGACUCUUCCUUUGCCUGUACCAGUGUAUUCGAGUCAGGGUUUCGGAAGCGUUCACGUGUGUUAGUUCACAGCUGCUAGCUUCGAGAUAGAAGUUAGAGCUGUCUACUACCAACCAAUCCAUGUGUACCAUGUCUAUCAAAGUGUUGAGAAGUCAUCGUUGGAGUGAGUAUCGGGGGGAUUGUCGUCGACAAACUGCUACCGUGAGUGAGUGAGUGAGUGAGAGAGUGUGAGUGAGUGAGUGAUGCUACUCCGUUUAUUACUGCUACAUUCAAGCUGAACCAAUCUUUUUUCCCUCUUGCGAGGACCGUGUUACACAAAUUUGGAGUCUCGCUCUCCAUGCACCCUAGCCCCCUUUUUUUCAAUCUUCAAUGUCCGUCCGGUCCGCCUCUCGGUCUAAGCAGCCCAGUCCUACACAAUUAUGUACCAAUACCGGGUCGCUGAACUCUUCUGUGCGAGUGACUUUAAUUUUUAUUUGGGAUCUGGGUGCGCCUUGUUUCUUCCAUCAGUCCAGAAGAAGUACUCCAUUCCAUUCCGGAAAUACACCAUGCCCGCGAGCGCGAGCGCUACCCAGCAGCAGUCAUGCCUGCGCCCUGGCAUGACAGACCAGCAGCAACAGCACCGGCGGGUGGGUCUCCAUCGAAGGAAGACACAGCCAGCCAUGAUACGAUGCGGAUCAUCAUGGUGGAUGCGUUUUCCGUGACAAUUCGACAGUCGCCAGCGCUCAGAAGGAGAUGAAGAAGAUGACGAGUGCCCUUUUUUACCUUCGGUCUGGUGGAAGCAACAAGUCUCGAUAUGAAUGCUCGAAGUGCGCUGGCUAGCGGGCAGGCCGGUCCGACAUCCGACCGUCCGUCCGCCCGUUAGCUGGAGAGCAUUCUUCGUCGUCACCGUCCUACGGGUGAUACCAAUAUUUCUACAUCGCAGCAGUCCUGAUAGUUCAAAGAACGCUUCUCGGAAAUGAUUGUACAGCGGCGAAGCAUACCCUUGCCUGCCAUUGGCCAUCUUACCCUUGAGAGGUGUACUCAAGUUUUUUUCCCCUUCGAGAGAGAUGUACACCGACUAAGGCUGAGGUUGGCCAUCAGCGCAAUUCUGCUUCAGUUUUCAAAUAAAAGGCUUCAAAGAAGUUUCGAUUGAUCUAUUCACGAUUGCUAGCAAGCUGUGCUCCGAACUAGGACUUCACAGUCACUACCAAGUGUACAAAGCAGUGGGCCAUCCUCGGACUCACUCAGUUCACGCAGUUCCCAAGACUCUGGAACUGCAGUGGUUGGAGAAUUGUUCUUCUGUAAAAGUUUAGGCAGGAAUGAAAUAUUGAAGAAUCGUAGAUUGUUAGGAAAGUUUUCAAUUAGCUAGUCGUCAGUCAAUGAGAGAUCUCAGUAGUUCAAAUCUCUUGGUAGGAUGCGCUGCAAUUGUCACACACCGCUUGUAAGUGGGCACAUCAGCUGCUUACAGGUAACUGCCGGUGGAUUACAUCUCUUGAACCUACCAAAUCAUGUUAGUUUCUUGAUGAGUGUGCGGCUACCUUUUCAGAUCCAGCACAAGAUAGAAAGGAAGAUUUGUCCCACCUCGGAGCUGCAAGUUCAUCAGGAUUUCACUCAAUUUGUUUCCCGGCCCGGACCCCGUGUACGUGUCGGCCGGGACAACGAUGAUGAUGAUGAUAUAAUGUUAAUCUUCGUAGGUUCAUUGAGGGAUCACUCCGUUAGACACAACCUGGAUCCAGCCUUACUAAUAAAGCUUGGGGACCUUUACUCCGUUGCAGUUCGUUUCU